GGCUUCCUUUAAAAAAUAAUGUCUGUUGAAACUCUGUUUUUAUGAAAAAAACUGCUUAUGCAGAUGGUUUGGUUGCAGAUUAGAUGGUUGUCUUUGCCUGUUUGUAAUCUUCACACGCGGAUUAAUUUUGUAGAAAAAAGAGAAAAAAGCAUAAUUUAGAAAAGUAAAAACGGCGCGGAAAAUUAAUAAAAUAUCCUUACAAAUUACAAAAUAUUAUAGAAAUAUUGAUAAAAAUUAUUACUAAGUAAAUAUUUACCUUGAAUGCGUUGCAAAAUUGCCUCUGUAUGUAUAAAAAUUAUUAAGAGAAAAGUUUUUUUUUUUUUAAUACGGCACAGUGGCGGUCGAUUAGUUAAACGAGACAGGUCAAGCAUAAAGGAAAAAAAGCAAACUUAGAAAAAAGUUAUCACUACAAAUAGUGGUAUUAAAGCAAACAUGAUUGUGGUUAGUUGAUGUUUAGAAAAAUGUAAAAGAAGUCGAAAGCUUACUACAAGUGUAGAUACAUUUAUGAAGAUGUUAAUUAUACCAUAAUUAAAAUCCUAUGACAUUUUCCUUCAUAAGAAAAAAAAAAAAUAAUUAGAAGGAAUCCCACGCAACUGUCAAUCAGUACACAUACGCGAUUGUGAUUGAGUUUGACUAACGCAUUUCUUAAGAGUGAGGCUACUAAAGCACAAUGGUACGACGUCGGGCUUCUAAAACGACGAGCAAUCAGGCAACUAACAACAGCGGUAAUAGCAAUGGAGUUAAUAAUAUUGCUCCUGCAACACAUUUGCUGCAAGAAGAUCAAAAUUUCGCCAGCCCAAAGAGGAAAGAUAGUAAAAUUGAAGAGAAUGCCAUUAGUUGCAACGGUAUAGUCAGUGGUCGUAGUAAAACGAAGGAUUCUAGUUCAAAUAAAAUUAAAAAUGAGCGCGGCAGUGGCGCAAUCAGUAAUACAUUUAUAGGAGGCUCUUCAGCCACACGUUCGCAGACUCGUCCUAUAGAGAAUUUUUUCAGACCUGCCAAAAAACAAUACAAUCAAAAUAACUCAAUUGAUUCGACGCAAGAAUCGAAACUGAAUAUUCAUCCUACUUUGUCGGCUUCUUUGUCGUCGUCGCAUCAUCAACUUGGUAGCCAUUCAUUUGAAAAUUUAAUGGCGACCUCAUACUGCCUGUAUGAUCUAUGCGAGGAUACGAAUGACAGUGAACAAACGGAUUUAUCCGAUGAACCGCCUGCAUUACUUGAGCCUCCCACAAUGGCCUUCCGUACAGACAGUUAUGCUACCGCCUUAGACUUCUCUAAUCAUCGUGCGUCAACGCGAGUUGAUAGUCAUUCAUCUUCACAUAGUAGUUCAAAUACGAGUGCCACCGAAAAUAUUUUUCUUCAAGAACCAGUUUUAACCUUGAAUGUAGACAAAUCACCGAAUCAGGCCUCGUCCAUUAAAAUUAACAAGACUUUAGAGGUCGAACCAAAAUUCGCCUCACCCACAUCUUUGGCGACUUCAGUUCUAAAUGGCUGUUUCAAUCAUAUUGUUACGCUAGACGGUACGUCGUCAAAAUUGGACUCGAAAUAUAGGCCGUAUGGGAGCGGUCAUGAAUAUGCCUUAAUGAUGCUGCCUGAAAAUGACAAUAGUUCAUGUGACAGCGGUGUGGCUUUUGUCACUUUCUCUUCAUCAACUUCCCAUGAAAAUAGCAAUCAAAACUCGCCGGCUUUAACAGCGAUCAAUAAUAGUCGUCGACGCAAACCGGCUACACCACAUCGUAUUUUAUGUCCUUCACCUAUAAAGGUCGGGCAAAGACUAGUAUCCCCCUUAAGUUCACCAUCCACACGCAAAAUUGUUACCGGCCUCUCACCUCGCAAAUCUCAAAGACAUUUAACUACUACGACGGCAACCGGUAACGCUGGUACAACUGCCAUCAGUAAUAAAAUUAGUAAGACUCGAAGAAGACUGAAUGGUCACAAAGAAGAAGCGCCUUAUACUACAUCACCUUAUCAUCAUUAUCAAGAACUUAAAGAAGAGAUUGAUGGAGAUCUCGAUGUCAUUUUAUUAGAUGAUCUAGAGGAAGAAAAGUGUGAACCCGUUAAUUCGUGUAAAUCAAUCUUCGGCGGCACUAAAUGUGCAGGCGGAAAUACACAAAAUCCUGUCGGCUCUAUGGUUAAUUAUGCCGCAAUCGUUGAUAAUAAAAAUAAAGCAGCAAGCAAAUCAAUUAAGCCAACUAAAACUCAGACCCGAAUAAAAUAUACAGUUCAAAAACCAGCUUUUAGGCAGCAAGGUGCUCAAUCAACGGCUUAUAAUAAUGGAAAUCGGGAGAUAACUGAAUGCUUCCCCGUACGUCGUAGCGUGCGCAAGACUAAAACUGCCGUUAAGGAAGAGAUGAUGCGAAAUCUAGAACAGGCCAUAUUAGAAGAACGUUGUGAUGGCCUGAAGAUAGCCUACUUUGAGGGAAAAGGACGUGGCGUGAUUGCUGAACGUCGUUUUCAACGUGGUGAAUUUGUUAUCGAAUAUGUAGGCGAUUUGAUUUCCACGACCGAGGCCGCUGAACGUGAAAAGCUAUAUGCUUUGGACGAGAGCGCCGGCUGCUAUAUGUAUUAUUUUAAACAUAAAAACCAGCAGUAUUGUAUCGAUGCCACCGAAGACACCGGCAAAUUGGGACGUUUAGUUAAUCAUUCACGUAACGGCAAUUUAAUGACCAAAGUAGUUGUCGUUAAGCAAAUUCCUCAUCUGGUACUUAUAGCAAAAGAUGACAUAGAAGCCGGUGAAGAAUUAUGCUACGAUUAUGGCGAUCGAUCUAAGGAAUCACUUUUACAUCAUCCCUGGUUGGCUUUUUAGAAGGAGCGCCCAAUAAAAAUAGAAAGCAAGUGCUGCACUAAUGCGAAUUUAAACAAUAACAAAAACGGCAAAAUUAUUAAUAAUUGUAAUUAUAAGUACCCAUCAGCAAUUUUGGAAAAACUCUACAUGCAAUGGAUUGGAAACAAGAGUAGCAGCACAAGUUAGUUAGAGAAGAGAAAUUUGAAUACACAUCUGCAUGUAACUUGACGCAAAGCACUCAAUUGAGAUGCUUUUUCUUUUUCCACAUUUUUCACUAACAGAAAGCGAUGAGAAAUUUCUCUUUGUCUAAGUUGUGUUGUGCAUGCAUAAUGAAUCCUAAGAAUAAGUUAAAUUUAUAAAUAACGUUUAGCAAAGUUGUAAAGGCGACCGUAGCGCAAUUUUACGUUUCAACUUUUCUUCAUCUUCAAUUAACCAAUGAUGCUUCACAUGUUCGUUUCAACACGAGAAGAAACGAUAAAGAAAAAGUCUUCAUUUAAAUGUCUAGAUCUAAAGACAGAAAAAUCACCAAUAAUUGAAUUAACGAUAAUCUAAGGAUGAACAAAUGCUUGCUUAAGAAAAGAGAAGUUUGCGGUAUAAAAAAAAAAAAAAAGAAAAAAAAAAUAUUUCAUAUGUAUUUAGAUGAUAUUGAGAUAAAGAAAAAAUUGUUAUACAUUUACUAGAAAUUAAGCAGAAAAAAAAAAAACAAAACAAAGAUUAUACUCGUUAGGAAUUAGGCCCUGAUUAAAGCAGAUUUUCAACAUACUCACCACCAAAGGGGAUCUUCACUUACAAAGACAUCAAUCGAUUUGAGAAAUCUGGAAGUACGUAACAGAGACUCUCUUAACUCUUAACUUAUUUGUAUACAUAGAUAUUUAUAAACAAUUAGCUUUUGUUCUAUACGAUUGAUUGAUUGAUUGAUUAAUAUUUUCCAGAAAAAGAAAAAACAAAUCGUGCAAGAAAAGACGUCUUGUAAUCACAAGAGCAUUACGCUCUUAUCUGUACUGCCUGAUUUAUACGUUAUUAGAAAAGUUUAGUCCUCGAGGAUAACUUAACUUUAAAACUUGAACCAAUCAUUUGAGUAAAGUUUCGAAUGAAAUGAGAAUUGCUUUGAAUUUGAUUUUCCUUAGCCUCUGGUAGAAACAUAAAGAAACCACUUCAGCGAAAGUGAAAUUUCCGUUCAAGGCGGCGGGACAGCCAAGUUGAACAGUCCGGCUGUCCAUCCGCCGAGAAUUUAUUUGAAAUUUAUCUUGCUGAGCAUCAUUCAGAAAGUGAAAUUUCAGUUCAAGGCAACGGGACAGCGAAAUUGAUCGGUCCGUCCGACCGCCCAGCUCGACGUUUAACGAAGAGUUUCCUUAUCAGCAUGUGAACUUUUUAAAUAUUUUUUCACAGUUUGUAAAAAGUUCAAAAAUUUGGAUUUGCAAACAGCUUGAAAGCUUUCCAAAAACAACAUGAAACUUCAAUGUUGCGAACUGAUCUGCCAUUUUUAUUUAUUAAUUUUCUCUUUUUAUUUGAAAGUAGUUUGUGAA